AUCUAUAUAAAAGUUCAAUUGUAAUUAUUGAAAAAGUAGAAAUAAUAAUGCUUAACAAAAUUGACACUCGAAAAAAAAAAAAAAAAAACCCCAAAAAAAUCGAUUAUCUCCUAAAAAAUUCCACAACCAACCUUGAGAAUUUCCCUUUCUGGGCCUUGAUGGCCAGGGACGGGCUCUACCAAAAUUCUUCCGACGACCCCAAUUCGUCGUUCGACGACGAAGACGACAAUUCCGUUAUCUCCAAGGAGGAGUCCGAGCUCGAGAAAGAGAUCAAACGUCUCAUCCUCACCGGGAACUCUGACCGCCUUAAGCCCAACUCCGGCCAAGCCGUCACCGUCGGCGACCACCACGCCUACGUUGGCUUUCACGAGGAGAACGGCUCCGAUAAUCGGGUGUGGGAAUGGCACGGCCACAGCUUGCGGUUUGAUAAUGAAAAUGGAUAUAGGCCUGAGUGUACCUAUGGCAGUUGCAUUGAGAGGCUUCCAUCUAAUAGGAGUGGAACUGUUGAUGGAGAGGAGGCUGAAGAGGAGAAAGAGGGGGAAAAGGUGGUGGCAAAUUUGGGGCUUAGGCAUUUGAUUGACGGUGGUAAGGCUGAUCGGGGUAUAAGUCGGGUUCUUCAUCGCAACAUUGAUGCUGGUUCUUCUUCGGGUACUGCAAGGGCCAUCCGGUGA